AUGAGAUUUCUUUCUUACUUUUUUUUUUCAGCAUUCUUUCUUUUUUCUCACUCUCUUUCUUUCUUUGUGCCCUCUUACAUUCUCCUCUCUCUCUCCCUCUCUCUCUCCCUCUCUCUCUCCCUCUCGCUUUCUGUUUCCAACAUUCUUUCUUUCUUUCUUUCUUUCUUUCUUUCUUUCUUUCUUUGCCGCUUUCCUACAUUUUUCCAUUCUACCUCUGUUUUUUUUCUGUCUCUUUCUUCCGGUCUCUUCCGUUGUUUCUCAUUCUUACACUCAUUCAUUCUUUCUUUCAUUCUUUCUUUUUUUUUACCUCUUCACUACAUUCUCUUCACUUCUCUCUCUCUCACUCAUUGUCUCUUCCCUUCAUUAUCUUUUUUUUCUCUCUCUCUUUCUUUCUUUGCUCUCUUCCUCAUUCUCUCUUCUCUCUCUAUUUCUAUCACUUUCUCUCUCUUUCCAACAUUUUUUUCUUUCUCUGCCUCUUUCCUCCAUUAUCUUCCGUUCUUUCAUUGUUUCUACAUUCAUUCUCUCUUUCUUUCUCUGCCUCUUUUCCUACAUUCCUAUAUUCCCUUCUCUCUAUCUAUCUCUCACCCUCUCUCUCUCUCUCUCUAUCUAUCUCUCUCUCUCUCUCUCUAUAUAUAUAUAUAUAUAUAUAUAUAUAUAUAUAUUGUCCUACAUUCUCUUCCUUUCUCAUUCUCUCUCUCUUUCUCUUUCAUUUUCUUUCUGUCCGCUUUUAUGCAAUUGCUCUAA